AUGGAACCAACCAGUCCCACCCAACAACAACCACCUGGUUCUUGUUAUUCUUCUGCUCUUCCUUCUGACGAUGAAAUUUCUUCCAUCCUUGGCUUUCAAAAUCCAAGCGACCAACCAACAUUCACUCAACUUCUUGAUCUACAACCACAAGAUCAUACAUUCACUCAACUUCUGCAUCAACAACAUGAUACUCAUGAUUACCAGCGUAUUCUGCAUCAACAAAAUGAUACAUUCACUCAACUUCUGAACCGGCAUCUUUUGCAUCAAGAAGCUCCUCAUCAUUCUUCUCAACGCAUACACUUGUACAAUUUUGCAGACCCUGAUAAUCAUACCAAUGUCCAUAUCCCUAUCACUGCAACAAAGCCUCGAGUUCCAUCAUUGCAACAACUCACUCUUAAACUUCUCGAUAACCAUUCUAAUCCAUUUGCUUUAUUUGCUGCUGUUAGCCAUAAGCAGAAACAAAAGCUUAGCAAUUUGCUGUGUUUCUCAGGAGAACUGAAUGGUCGCUUUCUUGCACUACUUCUCAGUGGUUUUCCUACUCAUAUUCAGCUUAGAAAUUGUUCCUGGUUGACAAGAGUAGAAUUUCUCAAAUAUUUUCCAACUUUGGUCACUUCUGAAUUAGAGGUACUACAACUUGACAAGUGUGGUUCGAUUAUAACUGAUGAAACAGUAUCUGAAACUUUAGCAAAACCAUAUAACUCCUUGUCUAAACUAACGAGUCUAUCCAUCAGUGGUGCAUACCAACUUAAUAAUACAGGAUUGGAUUUACUUGUUUCUUCUGUAAAAGCACUUACAUAUGUGAAUCUAACCAAAUGUGUCCGACUCACUGCCGCUGGUCUUGACAUUUUGGCUGAUUCAUUUGGAUCAACUCUGAAAGACUUAUAUAUCGAUGGCUUCAAUUUCUUUAAUACUAAAGGGAUUUUGCAAGCUUUGAAGCGAUUUAAACAAUUACAAGUGCUGUCCCUAGCUGGUAUUCGAGAUCUUUCUCAUGAGUUUAUCAAGGAUUACAUCAUGGCAUGCGGUCGCAACAUUAAGGGUCUUGUUUUAAAGGACUGCGUAAAUUUAAAGAAUCUAUCGAUGAGGUUCAUUGCUGAUUUUUCUCGUACGCUGAAUGUGCUUGAUAUUACAAAUUUGUGCAAAUUGACAGAUUCAUCUCUAAUAUUUUUUAAGAAUAGAUUUCGACAAUUGAAUAUUUUGAAGCUCGGUCGCAGUCCAUUCAGUGAUGAGGCAAUUGCGGCUUUUUUGGAAAUUGCUGGUAAAAACUUGGAAGAACUUUCACUUAAUAGCAUUGAAAAGGUUGGCCAUUUGACAGCCUUGUCACUUGCAAGGAAUGCCAAAAAUCUGCAUACAUUGGAUCUAUCACACUGUCGAAAUCUCACCGACAAUGAUUUACGUUUAAUUGUCGAUCACUGCUUGUCGCUGAGGACCCUUAAACUUGUUGGAUGUUCGCAGUUAACAGAUGUUUUUCUCAGAGGACGCGCAAACUCAGAGAUUCGGAUCAUUGGGUUGAAGUUGACUCCCAUUUGGUGCAAGAUAUAUUUCAUGAAUUGA